UCUGAGCCCCUAUUGCCGUUCAUCAUAAAGACCCACAGACCCAAACCCAUUGCCAUCGCUGGGACGAAAGCAAUUCUAUGAAGACCCCACAGACAACAAAAGAAAGUGAUCCUUCGCUGACACUGACACGUGGAAAAUUUGAUAGAGAUAGAGACAGAGAGACAGAGACAGAGAGAGGGAAAGAUUGAUUGUCGAAGUGGUGGUUUGUAUAAAUGGGAGUGUAAUCCCACGUAGUAUUAUCGAACUCUCUCUUUGUCUUACAAUGGAAACCUUCCACUUGAUUCCCGGUCUCCCCGACGAACUCGGUCUCGACUGCAUCACUCGUUUGCCUUACACCACUCACCGCCUCGUCUCCUCCGUCUGCCGCCGUUGGCGUCAACUCAUCUCCAGCUCGCAUUUCUAUUACCACCGCCGAAACUCCGGCGCCACCCGUCUUCUCUCCUGCUUCGUUCAGACUCUUCCCCCAACCUAUUCCACCACCGGAUGGAAGCUCUGCACCUCCCUCGCUUACGGACUCACCCUUUUCGACCCACUCACUCAAUCCUGGGACCGAAUCCCUCCGAUUCCCCACUACCCAGAUGGCCUCCCUUUGUUCUGCCACAUAGCCAGCACGGAAGGCAAAUUGGUGCUCAUGGGCGGCUGGGACCCAGAGACCUACGAUCCUAUUGUUGAUGUUUUCGUUUACGAUUUCUCCAGAUGUGGCUGGAGGAAGGGGAAAGAUAUGCCUUCUAACCGCUCCUUUUUUGCAGUAGGGGCUUCUGAUGGACGAAUCUACGUCGCCGGUGGCCACGACGAGAGCAAGAACGCCUUGAAAUCGGCCUGGGUUUACGAUCUGAGAAGCGACGAGUGGACCGAGUUGCCCCAAAUGAGUCAGGGGAGGGACGAGUGCGAAGGGCUGAUGGCCGGCGGCGAGUUCUGGGUGAUUAGCGGCUACGACACCGAGCGGCAGGGAAUGUUCGACGCCAGCGCCGAAGUGUACGACCUCGAUUCCGGCGAGUGGCGCGUUGUGGAUCAGGCAUGGGAGACGGGGAGGUGCCCGCGGGCAUGCGUCGGAAUGGACAAAGAGGGAAGACUGACGAACUGGUCGGAAUGGGAGGCUGCGUUCCAAGUCGGAACCUGCGGGGUGGUGAUCGGAUCCCAAACUGUGGUGACGGGAUCGGAGUACCAAGGGGCGGCGCAGAAUUUCUAUGCGAUGAUGGAAAGGGAGGAAGGGGAAAAUAGUAAAAUGACCAAAAUUAAUGUUCCAGAAGAGUACAGUGGGUACGUUCAAUCGGGAUGCUGUGUAGAGGUGUGAUUUGUGGAAAAUAUCCAAUGUGGGGGGUAUUAUUGUAAUUUUGUCCUAAGUUUGGAAAUGGACAUUUACAUUAUAUUAUACAGCUACCGACUAUGUACAUAAUAAAUUCCAAACA